ACAACACCCAGCCUGAUAUUCGUCAUGGCCCAAACAAUGUCCAUCGCCGUACCUGGGCAGCUCCUAGGUCCAACGAGCGAGUAUCUCCCAGGCCCAGGAAUACACGUCCACAACUCCAACCUCUACGCCUCAAUUCUGGGUCCCAUCUCGAAGACUGCCCCUCCAAAGCCAACAGGUCCCCAAAAGCGCCUGACAAAGAUUACACCCGCGGCACCUGUAGCUCUCCCAACACUUUCGAUUGAGAGGAAUAUAUCUGCGGCCGCUGGAGAGGGAGCAAAGAAAGGCAAGGCGGAGAUCUUACCAGAGGUCAACAGCACAGUGCUCUGCAGAGUCACCAGGAUUGCGCCGAGACAAGCUACGGUUGCGAUAUUGGUUGUUGGAGAGACGGUUUUAGAUGGAGAGUGGCAGGGAGUAAUCCGGGUGCAGGAUGUUAGGGCGACGGAGAAGGACAAGGCCAAGAUCUUUGAGAGUUUUAGACCUGGAGAUAUCGUCAGAGCUAUCGUGAUCUCGUUAGGUGAUCAAUCGAACUAUUACCUCUCGACGGCGACGAACAAUCUAGGUGUCAUUAUGGCUACGAGUGAGGCUGGUAAUGCAAUGUAUCCGGUGAGCUGGAAGGAAUACAAGGAUCCCGAGACUGGUGCAAGUGAGAGCAGGAAAGUUGCCAAACCAUUUUGAAAGAGCAUUCACGGUCUGAGUUUCUGCGCAAAGCAUAGCAACUGGAGUUAGGGAGUUUUCGACAGGAAUACCAUUGCCGUGUGCUGCAUCAGCAGUAUAUAUACACCAGAGUCAAUAGAUGCAUGACUGUAAGGAAGAAGUCAAUCAGCUGAUGGAAUUACUGCAAUAUCAAUAGAUAAAACAGUGUCCUUUCAUGUGUCAAUAUACCCGGCUGUCUAUGGCUACCACCUCGAGGAUUAUGUGUUAGUUUGUGUGCUUCGCGACAUGAUCAAUCUCUUUUUCCUUCGCUUGCC